AUGGAGGCCGGCGGCGCCGCCGCGGCGGAGGCCAAGCUGCUCACGCCCGAGGAGGAGGCGCUCCGGCGCAACACCGACUGCGUCUACUUCCUCGCCUCGCCCCUCACCUGCAAGAAGGGGAACCAAUGUGAUUUUCGUCACAGUGAGGGUGCCCGGAUGAACCCUAGAGAUUGUUACUACUGGUUAAAUGGCAAUUGCUUGAAUCCAAAAUGUUCAUUUCGCCAUCCGCCAAUUGAUGGUAUGUUUGGUGCUCCAACUCCUGGAAUACCUGCAGUUUCUUCACACUAUGCUGCUUAUAACUCGGGCAAGCAGAUGGUCCCGUGUUAUUACUUUCAGAAAGGGAACUGCAUCAAAGGUGAUAAAUGCCCUUUUUCCCAUGGACCGCAGCCCGCUGGCAAUAAUCCACCAGAACAGGUGGCGAAGGUUUCUUCCUUUCCUUUGGAGCAGCCUCAGACCCAAAAGAAUGAUUUUUUGGGUGUUAAGGAGUUUGCGCAGACAAAUCAUCUAAUUCAGCAAGGUGGCCCAAUAAUUGGCGACAGGUCCAAGUCAGUUAAUAGGGUUGCAGCGAAUUUCGCCAGGACAGCAGCAGCUGCAAUACCAGCUGACCUAGCUUCCAGUGCAGUGAAAUCUUUGCCCAAGUCAGGGAGGGUAAAAAACAGCAUGCCAGCAGCAAAUAAAAGUGUCGGAACCUCUUCAGGCGAGGAUCAUCCCGAGUGCUAUCAGAACAAUCUUCCUGUGGAAACUGAUCCUAUGCAAGAUUGGAGUCAACCUUACCAAACACCUCCUCAGGAUGACAUGCCCGAGGACAGUAGAGAUGCUGAUGACUUAUUGGGGGAGUCUUCGCCUGGUUUUGAUGUUCUUGUGGCCAACGAUGCAGAUGCCGGUGCUUAUAUGCACGAUCCUGACGAUUUUGGAAGGGAUAUAUAUCCAGUAGAAGAUUAUGAAUAUGCUCCGGCUGAUUUUGAAAUCCAGUCUCAUCAUGAAAGAGAGCUAUUUAACGGAAUGGGUGAGCAAGGACCGAUCGGACAAAUGUAUGAUGGCUAUGACAGGAAACGUCGUAGAACAUCUUCUGAGAGGAACUUGGACAGACCUUCCUAUUCAGAAAGGAGGUCUCGGCAGAGAGACACUGGCCCUGUUGAGAUAGAUGGGUCAGAUUUACGUCACCGGCUCCGCAGGAGAAAAAUAAAUGGGUCUCCAGGCGUCAGCCCGGAACGCAGUGGAGAGUCGCGUCGGAGGGAUGACCGCUACAGGGAAAGGGCAUAUGAUGGUCACCGUACACACAGAGAUCGCCAUCAGGGCCCUCGAGGGAGCACUCUAAGCUCCCGUCUGCAAGGCAGAAUAAAGCUUCCUGGAAGAUCACCUGAUAGAGUAGAUGCUCGCUCUGAGAGAGAGCGAGAUAGAAGACAACUCCGGGACAGGCUGUCUCCAGUUAUGCCUAUGGAUAUUCAGGGAGGCAGGCAUCGGGAGGCAGGGCAUCAUCAAGAGAGGAUCCGGCAGAGAUCAAGCGAGCGUGCUUCAAGUGCCAGGAUCGCUGAUGGCAAGCAUUCAAGACGGAAUGUAACAGAUUCACUCAACUUCGCCAGCCGGAAAGACUUUGGUCCAGAGUCUAGGAAGGCGAAUGGAAGUGUUCAAUCUGAAGCAUCUCUUGAUUUUGAAGGCCCAACCCCUCUCAGUGUCAUCUUACAGAGGAAACGACAGGCUGCAAGCGGCAAUGGCAAUGGCUCAUCUGCCCACAAUGUGAAAGAAGAUAAAUCUGCUGUGGUCUCUCACAGGCAGGCUCAAUCUCCGGCUGAAGCCGAGAAGGAGGGGUACGACAACACUAUCAGUUCAGAAGAAUACAAGAGUAGAUCAGGUGAUGAAGAAUAUAAAGAGGAAGGCCAGGUCCCUGCAUCUUCGUCACACGGUGACAAAGCUGAGGCUGAAGAUAUGAUUGAAGUGGAAAAUCAAGAGGCUGAUAACUAUGAGCAGAGGCAGGGUGAGUCAGAGUAUGAGGCGACUGAAGGCUACGAGUACAAAUCCGAAGAUGAGAAUGCAUAUCAAGACGACGAGGAAGAGUUUGAGGAUGACGAUGAUUUUGCCCGGAAAGUCGGGGUCGUCUUCUCUUGA